GGCGAAGCUCUCCAGUCCGGGAGGCGAGCUGGAGAUUGGAGCCCCUAGUCAGGAUUCUCCAGGAUGUACGUCACAGCACAGACGGUGAUGGUUGUCGGGUUGUGUUUUGGGUUAGCACAAAGGCUGUCAUCUGCUGUCACUGUUGCAGGUAAAGAUACAUUAUUCAGGGAGGUUGCAUGAUAAAAAGAAAAUAACUAGCUGAGCCGGUAGCAGUAAGCCUGCGUUUGUAAAUAUUUUGUAGUGUAUCAGGUCAGCGGCAGAUGAAAAAUAGAAAUUGAGGUUACUUGUGAGCAGCAGCUGUAUCCUCUCUUUAGACAUCAGAACUGCUUGACAAUGAGUUUACCAGCAGCUCCGCCAAGUUAUGCAGAAGCCACAGCUGGGGAUAAGGAGGCUGGGAUCUCCUGCCCUCCCUAUGGAGGACCUCCUCCAGGCAUGAUGCCACCGCCUCCCGCCAUGCACCCCAGCUGGGCCUACGUGCACACCGGUCACAGUCCUGGCUACACCAACCCCUAUGCGUCAGACAUGUCGUCCCCCUUCUCUGACCCCAGCUCCAGUGACAGCUUUGAAGGCCUUGGCGGAAACAGCUGGGAGGACAAAAAUGUCCGCCGCAUGUUCAUCAGAAAGGUGUUCAGCAUUCUCAUGGUGCAGCUUUUGGUGACAUUUGGUGUUGUUGCCCUCUUUACAUUCUGUGAACCGGUUCGGCAAUUUGUGCAGUACAAUCGUGUUGUUUACCUGGCAUCGUACAUGAUGUUCAUGGGGACGUAUCUGGUGCUGGUGUGCAGCACGAGUGCCCGGCGACAAUACCCGACCAAUCUCAUCCUGCUUGGCAUCUUUACUCUUGCGAUGUCCUACAUGGCAGGCAUGCUGGCCAGCUACCAUAACACUAAGGUGGUAAUGCUGUGCGUGGGCAUCACGGCUUUGGUCUGUCUAGGCGUCACUCUCUUCUGUUUCCAGACCAGGGUUGACUUCACCUCCUGUCACGGCCUGCUGUUCUCCCUCAUGAUGGUGCUGUUGGUGACAGGCCUGCUGCUCCUCUUCACUGCUCCUUUUGGAUACAUACCCUGGUUGCAGACAGCAUAUGCUGGACUGGGCGCCUUGGUCUUCACACUGUUCCUGGCGUUUGACGUGCAGCUGCUGAUGGGGAACCGGCGCUACUCUCUGAGCCCGGAGGAGCACGUGUUCGGCGCCCUCUGCCUCUACAUGGACAUCGUCUACAUCUUCUUCUUUCUGCUUCAGCUCUUUGGGAGCCGUGAGUGAGCCUCACCUGAAGCCUUCAGCCUUGACCUGUCUUCUGACCCCUCUAAAAACACACUCACACACACAGACACACUCAUACACACACUCAUACACACACACACACACACACACACACACUCACACUCACUUUUUUGGCUCCCUGAGGAAUGCUGGAUGGUCUUCAGCCUCAUGCACCUUUGAUGUUCUGUGGUGUGCUGGAAUUAUGACAGUUUGCUUCAGUUCUGUGUUAUCUCUUGCUGUAUGUGUGUGUGUGUGUGUGUGUGUGUGUGUGUGUGUGUGUGUUUAUUCCUAUGUUAGCAAGGCUGAGUCAUGUUUAUAAGGCUCAAGCAAGGCAUCCUUUUUAUGGGAACGUGUAGCUGGGCUUUACAACGCACACACACACACACACACACACACUCAGACGCACACGUGCAAACCCCUAAACUCUACUGUCCUUAAGACAAUCACAAUGGGUUUGAAGAACAGGGGAACAGAAGCUAGUUGUCAUUAAGAAAGGAGUUUGAAGCGUAUCCCUCUAUUUGUAUUAAACAUCCAGGAAUCACCAAAGUGAACCGUAUCAGGGGGCAACUUGCUGCAAAUAUUUUACAAGCCCAGCAUGCAGUUGCUUGUCAGUUAAACUGUUCAGUUAGGCAGGGUGUGUAUGCUAGCUCAGAAAUACUCAUACCAAAUGACCUCUGAAGCAUACCAAUGAACAAACCCCACUUGUUUCAAGUGCAGUCACUCCUUGCUUGUGGGUGCUUUCACUCACAGUGAGAGUGGGUGUUGCCGGUAGUUCGGCCUACACACUGAGAACAGGAGUAGAUACAAAGGCAGUUAGAUGCGAACAGACGCUGAAAUACAACGCCACUUUCCUGACAAGUCAGGUGAGACUGAAUUGAUAUUAAAAACUACAGUAUGCAAAUGAGUGUAGAACUACCCAGAAAGCCUCUCCACCCAGCCUAAUCCUUCUCUUUGCUUCUGAUGGGUGCCAAGUGUAAACUUAAGAAAGGAAUAAUUCUAUUAGUGCUGCCCAGGCUGUUUAGUAAGUCUGGUUAACAAAAGCUUUUGCGGAAGAUGUGCAUUUGAGCUUGUUAGAUACAAAACAAACUACACACUACUUACUGAACCUUAAAUGUACAUUAAUCAGACUUGAUUGAAAUUCACUGUAAAGUAGGUAUACUAAGGGAAUACAUGAAACUAAAUAUAUACGCCUCUAAGUGAAAUUUAGAGGGGAACUGACAGUAUUCCUCUCAGAUGGCCUUCAGAUUGUUUUACCGGGACACUCUAUGGCUCCCAAAGAGGGAAGUUCUGCAAUGAGGUUGAGUGAAUUAAACCACCGACACCUUCAGAUUAGCAUCACGUGUUCGUGGACGUCUUUGACAAAAGUGUUGUCCGUAGAGCAAUAAAACCUGUCCAAGCCUUGCCUUGCCUUGCAUGCAGACCUUGUUGUUAAAAUGUACUCAGCGGAGUGAGACCAAGUCCAUUUGUUCUGGCCAGUAGACACGACUCCCAUGACGUCACUUAGAGCAUGGCUAGGUAAAUAUCUUAAAAGUGUGUGUGAAAGAGUUUCUGUGCUCUGACUAAUGGGGGUCACUUUAAAGUAGUACUGUACAGUACCUAACUGUGAAAUGUUUUUGCAUUAAUCAAGAACUUUGAAUUUGUUUUUAAAUGUGAACUUGAUUAUUUCUAAUGGUAUGUACCAUUCUACAGAAUCGUUUUGAGGUGUUCCAGGGCUCAUUUUUAAAAACAAAAGUAGAGAUGCAGCUGAUCAAUUUGAACCUGAUCAUGUAAUUAUUCCAGUGUCAGAGGUGGGUUGAAAAAGCUGUUUUAUGAUUAUCAUGUAUUCAAGAGUAUUUUUCUGACAUAAUGAUCUAAUAUUGCUGUAGAUGCCACAAAUACAAUUGUAAGGGCUACUUCUGUAAUGUGGCUUUGGGCUCUUAGAUUGAUAUCCAGUGCUUUGCUAUUACAUUCCCUGCCAAUACAGAGGGCCCCUGUUCACUGGCUCACUGCAGUUCAUUCAAACCUGCAGUAUGCCAGUGCAAGUGAGCGACAGCUCAGUGGUCUAGUGGGACUCCCCCAGUUGUCUUAAGGUGAUGAUUACUGAGGGGGUCCAGGCUCUGGGCUCUGUAAAGCACCUUGAGACAAUUGUAUUGUUCUGCCGCUGUAUAAAUAAAAUUGAAUUGAAUUGAAUUGAAUUAUAUGAGAAACAAAUAUUUAUCUGGAUCAUCAGUGAGCAGCUAGUCGCAACCAUCCAAUCAGGACGCUAUGGACCGGUCAUGUGAUUGCCCAGCAACAUUACUCAUCACAUUUAAGAUCAUGUAGACCUUUGGUCUUAAGAUAUAUUCAUUACAGCUCUGCCUAAUGGUUUAUGCAUUAAUGAUUAAUUACAGCAACAUUCAAUAUGGACAUUUUUAGUGCUAUUCUCCUUUACCGAAAUGUAUGUAUACUUUUAUUCCUGUCGUUUCUUUGUGGGAUGUUGGAUCAUGCAGCAGUGAGGUUAAAACCGUGAUAUCAGCGACUUGCUGGUUUGGUAUGUUGCUCAUAGAGAGAAAUCAGGCAGCCAUCUUGUUUUAUGUGCCACAUUUAUGGCAGGAAGGGUAUGUGUCUGACUUUGGAGGGUUCACCUUAUCUCCUUGAGUUCCUACAUGCAUAUAAACAUGGGUCUAACUUUUAUUACUUCCUUUGGGGUCUCUAAAACUAAGGGCAGGUGUAAAAUCGUAUUUUAAGACUAUUUCAAAAUCCAUUCCAAAUGUGGGUUGAAAGUAAUAUUUUGUUAAAACUUCUCUUCAGAGCUCGUAAUGAACAAAUGUACUUUGUCUGUUGUGCAGGUCUCCCUAUAUAAAUGUGCAGUGUGUGUGGGGUUGAACAUCUCUUUUUUUUUUCCCCUCUUAGUCUCUGCACUAAGUCAACCAGACCAUCAGUGUGUAGUUCCUGAGACUAGUGCAUGAAGUGUGUUGUUCUAGUGUGCCCUAGGCUACACCAGACCUGGGCAGGGUGAUCCCACAUACAAUGGAAGCAGUCUGGUCUAUUUCACCAGGUCCUGAACACACCAAUACGUUGGACGUGGGAAACUAUUUUUGUAGGGGCCCUUUUGUAUCCAUUGGUACUGUGGUGAAAUAAAAGAAUGCUUCAACGAUGAAAAAAA